UCCACAAGGGGAAGCAGGUCGAGUGUGUGUGCGUGCGGAUGGAUGGGCUCCGCAGGCACGAUACUCUUCCUACAGCGUCUUGGCCAGGAGCUCGAGGCCUCCACAAAAAUCUAUAUAAGGGUGUUCGAAGUCGCCCGGAAAUCGAUUCUUUUCAUCAGCACAAAUCACAUUCGUUGAUUAGCCUUCUUUCUCUCUCUUACAGUCCAGUCUUUCCAGACAAGCGCUCUUUUAAAGCAACUCCGAGUUUCAACUCUCGUUCAAUUCCAAACCCACCGUCACAAUGAAGUUCUCCAUCACCGCUGCUGUUCUUGCUUUCGCUGCCACCGUUGUGGCCAUGCCCGGUGGCUCUCCUUCCACUGGUAACGGUGCCGGCAAUGGUAACGGCAACGAUGGCAACAGCCAAGUUCGCUUCCCCGUCCCCGGCGACAUGACUGUCAAGCAGGCCGAAGACAAGUGCGGUGACCAGGCUCAGCUGUCCUGCUGCAACAAGGCCACCUACGCUGGUGACAGCACCAACGUUGACAGCGGUCUCCUCGCUGGUACCCUGUCCAACCUCAUUGGUACUGGAUCUGGCUCCGAGGGUCUGGGUCUCUUCCAGGAGUGCUCCAAGCUCCCUAUCCAGAUCCCCAUCAUCGGGAUCGCCGUCCAGGACAUCAUCAGCAAGCAGUGCCAGCAGAACAUUGCUUGCUGCCAGUCGUCUCCCUCUACCACCGACGACGACCUCAUCGGCCUUGGUCUCCCCUGCAUUGCCCUCGGUUCCCUCGUCUAAGCUGCCUUUUGGGGCGCUUAU